AUCAUGUGCAAGCUCAUACAAAUGUGCCACUGAAGAAAUUGUAAUAUGUCCUGGAAGUUGUAAACAAAAGCAACAGUGUAAAUCAGCACAGUUUCAAGUGCAUUGAUGAUUAAACUAAUGUUACUCAUAUGUUAGUUGUGACUGUGCUAAUUUUAGUGAGAGGGGCAGUUAGAGUCAAGAGACAAGGAACAGUUGGUGUGGAGAAACCUUAAUUUCUAUAUCACAUCUCUUUGAGAAACUGAAAGUCAAACUAUAUUAAUUCAAUAUGGAAACCUAUUGUUAUUUUUUCCUUUACUAGGUAGAUCAUUUAUCACUCUAACUACAAGCCAUAAGAACAUAGGGAUAUUAUAGAUACACAUAACAUAUUUUCUUCUCGGAAAAAUUAGAAGAUACACAGCAGUUCCCACAUUAAGUAUACUUGUUGAAUUUGUUUCAAGUGUACAAGUAAUUGUUUUUCCAACUUCAUUGUUAAUAUAUUAAGAAAUUCAUCCUGCAGAAAAGCCCUAUGAGUACUAGGACUGUGUAAGUAUUUCUAUUUGUCCUAGUUCAAUGAAAAAUAUAUUAUGACUCAUUUAUAAAAAUUUAUAAGUACAAUAAGAGAGGUAAAGGUCUGAGUUUUUCCAGCUCUCUUCAAAUAUGUGUAAAAUCUCAUAUAAAAAAAAGAUUCUGCAAAUGUUAAGUAUGUAACAAAGUAUCUUACCAUCACAGCAAUCUUCAAAAAUGCAAAAUAACCUGUAAUGAAGGGGAACAACAUGAGUGUAAACACAGUGAUAAAACUUUAAGAUGUGAUUCCUCUUCAUAAUGGACCAAAUUGUAAAAUUUAUUUAUAGAGAUAUAAGUAUUAAACAGUGUGUUGUAUGUGGUGAAGGUCUUAAAUGUGCCAUUCAUCCUUUCAGGCAUGAAAAAUGUCAUACUGGGACGAAACCUUUUAUAUAUCCUCAAUCUGUUAAAACCUUUGCAUUCGACAGUAAUCUUCAAAUGCAUGAAAGAACACAUGUUUGUGAGAAACUGUAUAAAUGUAAUCAGUGUGGGAAAGCCUUUGAGCGACACUCUGGUCUUCUAAGGCAUGAAAGAACACAUACUGGAGAGAAAUCCUAUGAAUGUAAUGAAUGUGGUAAAGCCUUUGCACAACAUGUUAGUUUUAAUAUACAUAAAAGAAAACAUACUGGAGAGAAACCAUUUAAAUGUAAUCAAUGUGAUAAAGUCUUUGCUAAUCACUGUUAUCUUCAAAUACAUGAAAGAACACAUACGGGAGAGAAACCCUAUGAAUAUAACCAAUGUGGUAAAGCCUUUUCAGACCAUAGUCAUCUCCGAACACAUAGAAGAACACAUUCUAGAGAGAAACCACACAAAUGUAGUCAAUAUAGUAAAGCCUUUUCAUGUGAUACAUAUCUUAAAAGGCAUGAAAGAAGACAUGCUGGAGAGAACGUAUAAAUCAGCAUGGUAAAGGUUUUGUUUAUCACAAUGCUCUUCAAAUGCAUUAAAGAAUACGUACUGGAGAGAAAUGCUAUAAAUGUAAUCAGUGGCAAAGCCUUUACACAACAAGGUCAUCUUCAAAUGCAUACAAGACCACAUACUAGAGUGAAACCUUAUGAAUAUAAUCAGUGUGGUAAAAACCUGUGGUAAAAUCUUUGAAAUUGUGAGAAAAAGUAAUACUGCAGAGAAACCCUAAAAAUAUACUGUUUGUUAAAAUUUUAGACGGUACAGCUAUAAAACUUUUUAUAUGCAAUCAAUCUGUUAAAGCCUUUAUAUAAUAAAAGAUUCUUUGAGUACGUGUAAACAAUACUGGGGGCUUAUAAAAUAUUGGUUAGAUAUUUAUUUAACACACAUGUAUUCAAUAGAAGAGUAUUCUGUAGUCAAAAAUUGAUAUAUCAACAAUCUGUUCAAGCUUUUUUUAAAAUUAUGUAUAUAAUUUCUGUCUUCAUGUAUGCCUGCAGGCCAGAUGAGGGCACC